ACCAGCCCCGCACGAGUGGACGGAAGCAGGAAGCUACUACGCCGCACCAUCGCGCUCGGAACGACACUCUUCUUCGUGUAACUACUGCCAAGAGCGAAAAGGGAACUUAGCGAGCAUCAAUUCCGCGUGUAGCGCACCUUUGUGAGGAUCUGCCCCCCCUCGUGUCUGCCUGACUGACGUAGACCCAGAGACGAGAAAGGCCUGAACUAGUACAAAAGCACAAGUGUAAAACACACUCCCUCUCGGGAACGUUGUCCUGCCUGCCAACAACCGCCAGCACCGCCACCAAAGUAAUCCCGCGUCCCCCGGACAGGCCACAGGAACACAGUAUUUUUGAAGCCAAACACCUCUGACGAUGUCCGCGUCGCCGAUCGCACGCCAGGCUUGCGCCUCCAUCACGCAGGUCAUCCCCUCGAAGCGGGUGCUCAUCCAUGACUCCUCCGAACUGCCCGAUCUCUACUCGUCGACACCCGGUGGCACCCUGUACUCGACCACUCCCGGAGGCACUCGUAUUGUGUAUGAACGUGCGUUCCUGAUGAACUUGAAGAACUCGCCGCUGGCCCGCACCCCGCCGAACAACGUGCCACUGAAUCUGCUGCGGGGCAGUCCUACGGGUGGCAGCGUAACCAAACCACUGUCACUGAAACCGAUUCAGCAGAAACCGGCCCGCAACUCGCCGCCGAAAUACGAAGACCACCAGGAACAGUUCGACAUGGACCUGUAAAGCACGAGCGUGCCCGGUCGAGUUCGAUUUCCGAAAGCAUCAACUAAUGGCACACAACACACCGGUGGGGCGCAUCCGGCUUCCGGUUUCGAGAGAGAGAGGAAUGAAGAUGUCCCUGGUUAACUUGUUUGAAGAGCGCGGCGGCGAUACACAAACCGAUCGUUUCUUAGUUUAGCGUUAUCUCUGUCUGAAAAAUUUUGUAAGCAGCAGCUAUAGUGUGGAGAAUUUGCGGCUUUGCUACGAAAGCAACCCAGAGAGAGAGUCUAGGUUUCGAUAAUCGUUGGAUGUAGACUUUAUAAGUUUAUCGUUCCUUCGGUAGUAAGAUUAGCGUCUUCUAUUAGCCACUAGCAUUAUGUUGGUCCGCAUCGCCAGAACGGCCACUGAUGUAGACGAACAUUCGGAACUCCCCAAAGGCGCACCGAACCAAGCCAGAACUACAAGUUGGGAGAUGUGCUAGAAUUGGGAGCGCACCGGUGGGAGGUUUGAAUGUUGAUCAGUAACCCACUCUGGUGAUUUGUGAUAUCCAUGAAUGAAUUUCAUCGGCCUUCAUCGAUAUCAUCGUGGUGGGGUGAAGGAAUCUUUCAUGUUUGUAUUUUGUAAGUCAAUCAUUUCGCUUUAUUCAACGUAAGGAAGAAGGAACGUAAAUUGUUUUUUGUUGUCAGAUUUUUGAAGGUCGGAGCCACAAACGUGCAAAACCUUUUUGGAGAAAGCGGAGAAAAGUUGUCGGAAAAUUUGGAGUCAGCGAUUUGCAUGUAAGCUAACCACUUACCUAGCCUUGCCGAGAGGAACGGGGAACCGAUCACCAAUUAAUCGUAUAGUAUAGUAAUGAUGUGCAUAGUAGUGCUGCGGCGUGUGCAUUGUCGUCGUCGAGUAUUUUUGACUACUUCUCACUGCUGUUGUUUGCAUGUUCUUUCUUUUUUUCGUGCAUUCGUGCCGAACAAUUUGGAUGUGACCUAAGCGAGAGACACCCGACAUUGUAGAGUUUAAUUCCGUAGCAAUAAUAUACCUGAUGAGAUCACUGAAUAGGGUACAAAGUAAAUGAUGGAUGGUUAGGA